CCGGACCGUAGAUUAGAAGGAUCAGCGGCUAAGAUGACAUAGAAUUUGGGGACUUGGGCAAGGUUUGCAAGGGUAAAACCGCUGGUUGGUACACACAAAGUGCUCAAGCGUGUGUAAGGAAGGAGUCUGAGAUCGAUAAGGAGAACCUCCAGCUGAGGAUAAUGUAACCUACUUUCUCCAGGCUGUGUUUCUGGUGCAGAUGUACAAUUAUGAUAAAGUGACACACCACGAGUUGGUUCGUAUUCCAAUGCUCUUUUCUGAGAACAGUUGCUGUAGAUCAAAGACGUUUCUCUUUUGAAAACUUUUGUCUGUCUUUUUUUUAUCGUGUGUUCAAUCUUCGCUUUGUGAAGUCUCUUAACCAAUCACAGAUCAAUCGUCGUCUUAGGUCUGAUAUCGAGGCUUGAGGUGUAGCCAUAUGGAAAAGCCAGGUGGCUUGGCUUGGUGCCAAAGGAAUACCCAUAAGGAGGACUUUGUCCCCGCCAGAGACACUGCUAGUUUGUUUGGUGUGAACACUGGUAGUUUGUUCGGUGUGCGGUGAACUCAACUAGUUUGUUCCUAGCUUCAGGUGAUUGAUCUUUUUCUUGCUGUACUCUAGCUCUACACGAUGAAGAACGGUGAUAUUCGAAAGUGGUUUGUACGGCAAACUAGAAAGGAGGCUCCGUCCCAGACGAGCAGCCUCACCGCAUCCGGGGAGACAUGUAAGGACGAUAUCAAAAAAGUGGAGGCAGCAAUUACUGACAAAAUUGAAUGCAAAGAUGAUGGAAAGGCUGUGAAUAAAGACGAUGGAGUGGGGGCUACGAGAGUGAGCCCAACAGCAUCCAAACAAGCGAGGGCAAUUUCGAGCCCUUCAUCACGGGCAAGUACCCGCGUAACACCCGAGGAAAAAUCUUCACCACAGAAGAAACCGACGCCCAAGAAGACUCUCGCUGAUGCCGAUACAGCACGAGGCAAACGGAAAAGCGCACAUGGUGCUGAAGAUGAUGAAGCAUACGGUGACUCAGAGGAGGUUCAAGAGAAACAUGAUGGCCGUGAAGAACCCUCGCCGAAGAAACAUCGUGGCAGUAAAGGCACUGGAAGGGUUGUCGAAGAAUCGGCGCAGCCUGGAGGUGCCGCAGUUCCUACUGCGAGGAGAGGGGCAGCAGCAGCGGGGCGAGGAGGGUGGGUUGGCGGAAGAGGAGCAUUCUUUGGGAAGCCACGGGCUCCACCGCCCCACAAAGGAGAGAAAGAGAUCCCUCAAGGAGAUGAAACCUGUUUGAAAGGGCUAACAUUUGUUAUCAGUGGAACACUUGACAGUUUGGAGAGGGAGGAGGCAGAGGUACUGAUUAAGAGCCAUGGUGGGCGGGUUACGUCGUCGGUGAGCAAGAAGACCAGUUUCCUUCUUGCCGAUGAAGAUGUCGGCGGCAGGAAAUCGCAGAAGGCGAAGGAGCUUGGAGUCAUAUUUGUGAAAGAGGAUGAGCUGUUUGACAUGAUUCGUGCAUCGGUGAAGAGAUCAGCGGAGAGUACAAGUACUUCGAAAGCUGCGGAGGAGGAGGAGGUCUUUCCCUCGGCGAGUGCACAUGAACCUUUGCUCUUCAAGCCCAUUGGUACGCUGGGUAUAGGAAAGGCAGCGCCAUCUGUGAACAAAGGCAAGGGUCAAGAGUUUGUUCCAGAGGGGAUCGACAAAGGGAGAGGGAACGAAGGGAGCAGUGAUGGAGAUGUUUCUCGACGCUUGGUGCCGCACAGGAAGAGCACGGUGAAAUCUGGUCCGCGGAAGGCAGAUGAUGCAGCUGCCGAUCUCCCGGCUGUCGCAGGCGCGGCAGAGUCGGUUGCAUGGCCGGCAAAGUACAUGCCAAAGAACACCAGUGAGAUGGUAGGAAACCAGUCGUUAAUUGGACAGUUGCGUGACUGGCUGCAGAACUGGGAAAAGAAUCACCGCAUUGGAGGAGCAGGAGGAUCAGAAGGAGAGGGUGGAAGCGGAAGGGGAAAAGGUGGCGGCAGCAAGAAGGUGAGUAGUUCCUCGACUAGGGCGGACUUUGGUAGAAAGGCUGCGCUGUUAAGUGGACCACCAGGGAUCGGGAAGACAACCGCAGCCAGGCUUGUUUCCCAAGAUAUUGGACUGGAUGCAGUGGAGGUGAAUGCGAGUGAUGAUAGGAGCAAGGCUGACGCCAGCAUUCGCAGCGGGAUUGCUGGGAAGAUGAGCAAUGCAAUCAAGGAGUUGGUGAGCAGCAGGCCUCUUUCCAUCGGUGGAGGGGGGAGGCAGCAAGCAAAGAGUAUUCUGCUUAUCAUGGAUGAGGUGGAUGGAAUGUCUGGAGGCGACAGAGGUGGGAUCGCUGACUUGAUUCUAACAAUCCGUGCAAGCAAGAUACCAAUCAUUUGUAUUUGUAAUGAUCGGUACAGUCCAAAACUGAAAUCCCUCAUUAACUACUGCAUGCACCUUGCAUUUCGAAGGCCAACGAAACAACAAAUGACGAAGCGGCUCCGACAGAUUGCACUCAAGGAAGGCAUGAAGGUUGAUGACGUUGCUCUCGAAGAAUUGAGCGAUCGUGUGAACGGCGAUAUGCGAUUGGCACUGAAUCAGUUGCAUUACAUGAGCCUGAAAUCGUCAAAGGUCAUCAAGUUUACCGACAUGCGAGCGAGGCUUGUGGCAAGCGCAAAGGAUGAAGAUCUGACUGCCUUUACGGCGGUUGAUAGGUUGUUCUCGUUUGAUGGAGGGCGCAUGCGAUUAGACCAGAGGCAGGACCUGGCUAUGGUGGAUCCCAACCUGAUUCCGCUGAUGGCUGCCGAGAACUAUCUAAACUACCGACCGGCUAUGGCUGGCAAAGACGAUCAGGGAACGACGAGAAUGGAACUGAUCUCCAGGGCAGCUGACAGCAUCGUUGCGGGUGAUAUCGUGAACAAAAAGGUGCGCCGUUCACAAAAGUGGGCAUUGAUGCCCUUCGCUGCAUUCGCAUCAACAGUCCACGUUGCGGCACUGAUGCAUGGGCAAAGGGAGCCACUUGAAGCUGGACAAUACAUGAAUCGUUUCCCUGCUUGGUUAGGAAAGAAUGCCACAUUUGGAAAGAAUGCAAGGUUGCUGGAUGAUGUGCAUGUUCACGUGAUGGCUUCUGGUGCGUGUAAACCAACCAAGGAAGCUUUGCGACUAGACUACAUGUUUGCAUUUGCGGAUAGACUGGUACGGCCACUUCGAGAGUGUGACAAAGUUGUCGGAGUGAGUAUGGUUCUGGACUUCAUGGAGGAGUAUUCGCUUACAGACGAGGAUAUCCAGGCGAUGCUCGAAAUGCGUCACCAUGGCAAAAGAAAGGACAUGGAUGAUGUCCCGCCUCAGACGAAAGCACAAUUUACGCGUGAGUACAAGGCGAGGGCACUGGACUGGCGAAUCCGGUCAGCAGAUAUGCUUCCAGACACCAUUGCAUCAGCUGGCAAGGGUAAAUUACCAGGUAAGCGUAAACCACACCUCCAAUUGGACGAUGUGGAAGAAAAAGGGCGUCUGCUCAGCGGCGAUGCGGAUGAUGCACAACUCUUUGUAACCGAAGAGGGUGUUGACGAAACGGAAGAAGAGCAGGAGGAGGAGGAUGUAGGCGGCACACCGCUGGCACUGACAGGACAGAAUGGCAAGAAUGAGUUUGCUGGAAUUGAGAUCGACACAAAGGUGAGGGAGGGGGUAGGUAGAUCAGGUUCAAGAGGAGUUGGAAGAGGAGAGGGAAGGGGAGGAAGACGCACAAAAAGAAAAGAUGUGCCUGGAGGUGUAACUAGCAGUGAUGCUAGGAAUGAUAGUAGUGAUCGAGCAAGUGGAAGAAGGUUUUGGCCAUUUAAGAAGGCAAGGUAAGGCUUGGUGUAGCUUGUGUUAGUAGGACAGUCGGUAGGAUGCGUGUCGAGUGGUUUCGGCGAUCUUCUCGAAAACCCUAAGGCUUAGCUUACAUG